AUGGACAUGCCUUCACUUCUAACAUUGCUGCACGCAUUUGCGGCAGUCAUUGUUUUAUAUUUCACCGGCCUGGCUGUAUUUCGGAUUUACUUUCACCCACUUGCAAAGUAUCCAGGACCUUUAUUGGCGAAAGUAACUCAAUGGCCGGAAGCAAGAUCUGCGUUUCGAGGAAGACGAUUUCUAGAUUUGCACCUUAUGCACGAAAAAUAUGGGGAUGUUGUCCGCUUUGCACCCAAUAGUCUCUCUUUUCGGACGGUCGGCGCUCUGCAGGACAUCUACACGGACCGACGAGCGAAUGUGAUUAAAACCGGCUGGACCGACGUCAGUCUCCGAAUCAGUCCUGGGAUCACAACUCAGGUUAUUUCGAAUCGACAACUCCAUGCCGCGCGAAGGAAGUUGUUAAACCACGCGUUUUCGGAAGGAGCUCUAAAAAACCUGGAGCAAUACGUCCUGGCCAAUAUUCGCGAAUGGUGUGGCUACAUGGCUCAACCCAAGGAAAACAGCGAGAAGCAUUCACCGUGGGGCAAGGAGCGUGAGAUGGGCCAGUGGUCAACAAAUCUGGCCUUUGACGUACUUGGAGACCUCUGUUUUGGCAAAAGCUUCGACGCUAUGAAACAAGGCAACAGCUAUAUUCAGAAACUUAUCAUGUCCAGCGCGGAAUUCACAACAAUGGCGCAUCGUUCUGACAAGGAGACCCAGGUAGCGUAUUUGCCAGUUCGAACGUUGAUAUUGCCUUUUGCGAAGCCGAGCAUACUGUCGCGGCUAGGUAACAACACAGUGAAGCAAAAAGUGAGAUAUCGACAAGAUAUCGGCGUCAUGGUACAGAGGCGAUUUUCCUUGGAGAAAGCGAACAGUGAAAAGCUCGAUCAAGAGCAUCGCAAGGAUUUCUUUCACUAUCUACUGCACGCAAAGAAUCCGGAGACGGGAGAGACUUUCCAACCUGCCGACUUGGUCGGUGAAGCGGCACUUCUGGUUGCCGCAGGUGCAGAUACUUCGUCGACUGCCAUGUCAGCCUGCUUCUUCUACCUCGUUCGCGACCCGAGAGUGCUGAGAAAGCUGCAAGAAGAAGUCCGCGCCACGUUCAACGACGUCGAAGAGAUCAAGUGGGGAGUGAAAGUAACUGGUCUGCCAUAUCUGCGAGGAUGUAUCGACGAGGCAUUACGCAUGUCCCCGCCUGUCCCAGGGCUACUGGAACGUCGAGUCCUGUCCGGCGGCAUGCUUGUUGAUGGGCACAGUAUCCCAGAAGGCACAUUGGUCGGAGUUCCCAACUACGCGGUACAUCAUAACGAGGAGUAUUAUCCUCGGCCCUUCGAGUUCCUACCAGAGCGGUGGGUCGAGGGAUCAGACCCUUCUGUCACUGGCUUCGAAGUGACACCCGAGAUGGUGAGCACCGCCAAGUCUGCGUUUCAUGCCUUCAGCUCUGGUACGCGAAACUGCGUGGGCAAGAACAUGGCCUAUAUGGAAAUGCUAAUCACCCUGGCUCGGACGAUGUGGUUAUUCGACAUCAGACUCAAGGAGGGUGAUCAUUCAGGCGAGGGAGGCCCGGAGCUAGGCCCAGGACGAGAGCGUACUGGAGAAUAUCAACUGACGGACUGGUUCAUCUCAGAACGCCACGGGCCUGUUUUGGAAUUCAAGAAGAGAGAGGUAUUGUGA